AUGCGAAAAUUCUUAAACCUGGGAAAGAAAGGAACAUCAACAAAGGACAAUGACACCUCUUCAGCCAUUCCGUAUGAUGAAAUUAUGGAUCGGGUAAAGCAAGAUCAAGAGGAAAAUCAACAAUUACAACAACAACAACAUGAACCUCUUAGUACGGGUGAUGAUUUUAUUCUUGCUUCACUUGUAGAAUCAGGCUUUAUUACAGGAAGUAUUAAAACAGUUUAUGAAAGAGGAAAGGAAGAUACUUUUUAUGAAAGUUUGGAUAAUUUUCUUGAUAAACAAAAAACGGAAAUUGAAACUAUUUGUAGUUCUAAUUAUGAAGAGUUUUUAAAAUCUGUUAGUCAAUUGAAAAGUGUUAGAAGUGAUGGUAAAAUAUUGAAAAAAAAGAUUAUUGGUCUUGAUGAAGAAGUUCAAAAAGCUGGAAAGGAAGCUCUAGAAUGUGGUAAACAACUUGUUUUAUAUCGAAACAUUGCUGAGAAUAUUCAUUCAGCACUUCAAGUUGUUGAUCUUUGUAAGCAUGUUUCAACAUUAGCAACAAAAGUACAUCAACAAAUUCAAGAAGAAAAAUACUUUUCUGCUCUGAAAACUUUGGAACAUUUAGAAAAAUCGAUAAGAACUGUUCACAAAUUUAAUUUUGCUAGAUUUAUUGAAAAACAAAUUCCAAUUUUCAAGAGAAAAAUCAAACAGAAUGUUGAAAGAGAUUUUAAUCAAUGGUUAGUGAAUGUUAGAAAUAAGAGUAGAGAUAUUGGUAAAUCAAUGAUUGAAAUGCAAUUUUCUUUAAUGACUACUAAUGGAGUUAAAUAUGACGAUUUUGUCAAGACCAAUAAUUUCAAUUUUACAUUUCCAAAUAUUGAUAUUAUUAAUGACAGCUUGACUGUAUUUGAUAUUCUUGAAAAAUAUCAAGUUGAAUUAACACCUGUAUAUACUUGUAAACAUAUUUAUGAAUCUAUGGAUUCAUAUGAACAAUUCAAAGGUUACUAUAAGAGAAAUAGAACUAUCCAGUUGAAUCAUGAAAUUAAUCAUGCACCACUUCUCGAGCAAAAGAAAUCAGACAAGGAUACAUCCAUUUACCCUGCCACUGUUCAAGAAUGGCUUGAAAGAAUAAUUGGUUUCUUUACUGUAGAAUCUGUUACCUUGAGAACAACUUCAAGUUUAUUAUCAAAUAUUGAAUUGAACUCUAUGUGGGAACAAUCAUUGCAAAAAAUUCUGACAUCUAUUGAUGAACACUUGGCUAUUCGUAUGAAUAAUCCUAAAGAGUACUUGAAUAUGAAGAAGUGUGUUUUAAUUUUUAGUUUAACAGCCUCUGAACAAUUGGGUCUUCACACAUCAUUAUUGAUUGAUUUGUUAGCUCACUAUAGAAGUGCCUUCUCUAACUCUAUAGAAUUUAAAUCAAUUAGUAAUAUUGAAGAUAGUGAUUGUAAGCAACCUUUUACUUGCCCAAGAACAGACAGUGCCGAAUACAAGGAUUUGAAAAAGUAUGGACUCAUGCAAAAUCCUAACAAUUAUAUUGCCUUUUCUGAGAUUGUUUUGACAUUGGCAACAGAAGUGGAAUCUUUCAUAUUGGACUAUGAAGUUUAUUGUGAUAGAAUAGUCUCCUACACAACAAGUAUCAAACAACUUAAGAGUGGUAUUAUGAAACUAUUCGAACAUGCUGUAAAAUGUUUAGAUAAGGAGUUGAAUAGUAGUACUGGAACUGGUAUUGCUAGAUAUGUGCAAGUUGUUAUUAAUUAUCAAGCCAUUUCUGAUUAUAUCAUACCUUACUUUGAAGAUUUUUAUGGAAAGAGAGUUAAACAACAAUCUACUUCCUCAACUACCUCUUCAUCUAAGAACGCUGCCGUUUCUACCUCUGAAUCAUCAACAAUCACCUAUUUCAAACAAGUUAGUAUGCAAGUUCAACAAUCUAAGGAAAGAGGAGAAAACUCAAUCCUGAGAGAAUUGACCUCCAAAUGUUCUAAAUUAUUAAGUUUUUGUCAAAAUUUCUCAUUUGCUCCUGAAUAUCAAGGAAACGGUGUUAUUGGUACAAUUACUGACAAUUUUAAAACACUUGGUAAUAACUUGGGUAUCAAUCAACAAGAUCCAAAACAACAAAUGUACAACGAACCUCAUCAAUUCGUAUUCGACAUGAUUGAAUAUUUGGAUAAUGCUCAUCGUACAUUACAGUAUCUUAAGCAAGAGAAAAAGGAUCAAAUCAUGUUCUCUGCAUGUGAUAGUAUAGCUCGCUAUUUGCAAAAUAAUUAG